AUGUCUUCUCCAGAGGAGGAGGAGGAGGAGGAGGAGGCUCAGGACCUGCAUCUCAGCUCUGUCUGUGGGAACGGUGUCCUCAGACCUCAGACCCCCCUCCCACUGCCUGAGGAUGCUGAGCCACAGGAGCAGCAUGAAUAUUGUCCCACAGAGACGCUGAGUCUGAGCAGGACAAAGCUGAGACAUGUUCCUGACAGGAUGUUGAGAAGUAGCACACUGAAGUAUUUAUAUCUUGAAGGCAACCAGAUAUGCAGUAUCCCAGAUUCACUGUUCGCCAGCCUGCCCAGUCUGCAGUGGCUGGACCUCAGAAAUAACCUAAUUGUGAGGCUCCCUGCUGAGAUUGGCUUACACAGGUAUCUGAAAACAUUGCUACUGGAAGGGAAUCCUAUCUCAGAACUUCCACCAGAGUUGGGAAAUGUGAUUACACUCAAAGGCCUGAACCUGAGGAACUGCCCGAUCACUUUCCCCCCACAAGACAUUGUGCACCAGGGGGUCCAGGGCAUCCUUCAGUACCUGAGGAGCAUCAUGGCUGAGCGUCGAGUUAGCACGAGGAAGGCCGCUCCAGAGCUGCCAGUGGUGGAGAAGCUCCAGCUGUCAGACCUGACAGGGUCCAGUGUGGAGGAGCAGGACGAGGACGAGCUGCAGAAGUUUGAGGAACUAAAAGAUAAGAUGAUCCUGCUGGACAGAGCUGAGUGGGGUUCAAUGGCACAGGGUGAUAGAAACCCAAAGUCACAUCUUCAUCCUAUUAUCAAAGGAGGAGACCAAGCGAUCAAAAUCUCCGUCGCUGCCUCCGCUGGGACGGAGCUCGGGAGAGCAAUAAAAAUGAAGCGUUUUGUUUCAAUUUAUUUUUUCAGAAAAAAGGCAACAACCAAGGCCGGCAUGAUUCCCGGGCUCCUCCUGUUUGACACUCAGAUCUGGAAGAGGCCGGAGGAGAGGAGACAGGCUGCAAUGAAAGAGAUGAAGGAGAAACAGGCCAUUCUGGAACACAGAAGAAAAAGCCAAGAGGCUCUUCAGAAGUGGCAAACACAAGCCAGGAUCACACAAGAGAAGAAAAUGUCAGACCAAAUGCUGCAGAAGAAUGGACGACAAAAGAAGCAGAAGGGAGCAGAAGCUGGUGUGGAGGACCGCAGUGCUCCACAGAGACAGACAUCCUACAUGUCCAUCACAGACUGUGAGGAGAGAAGAUCGUCCCGUGAGCUGGGGCGGCAGAUCCGUGCCCAUGUUGAGAAGAUACAGGAGAGACACAAGAAUCCCAUGGGCACAGCCAGCGAGCACAUGGCAGCAGCAGAGCAAGAUCUGGAGGAGUUGACAAAGAUACAGACUCGGCUUCUGGUGGAGAGGAACAGAAAUCGGGCAAAAGAUCUGGACAAAUGUUUCACCAUCUACACCGGAGGCACAUUGAUGAGUUUCCUUGAUAAGUGA